AUGGAUGCCAACACUGGGUAUCAUUACCAGCUCAAGUCGUUUGGACUGACUCAUUUCCAGUAUCAGCAGGGCGACCAUCCUAAUACCGAUAUUUUAGUCGUCAUGGAGACGACAGUCGUGUUGAGCCGGCGCGAAGUGGCUGGCAUCCUUCUACUGCUUGGCCAGCUUGCAAACGAGGCAUUCAACUUGGUUCUCAAGCAGAUGGUCAAAAUAGACCGGCCGAAUCCGCACCUGGGCGACGGCUACGGGAUGCCGUCCAGCCACUCACAGUUCAUGGGCUUUUUUGUCGUGUACGUAGCCAUGUUUCUGGAAACCCGGGUCACCACAAAGGCUGCGCACAAGCUGAUCGUACAGGUGGGUGCCAUUGCACUUUGCGUGCCGAUUAUUUUUUCGCGCGUUUACCUGGGGUACCACACGUUUCUGCAAGUGCUGGUCGGGUCGGCCAUUGGUCUUGUUGCGGGUUUCGCCUGGUACCAGUUCAUAGAGCGCGCUGUGUAUCCAAGCGGCAUUUGGCUACUGAUCCGUGACUCGCAGCACGUAGUAGACAUUGCGCAAGCCGAGUACGACCUGUCGCACGCAGCAAGGGCCAAGGCGAAGCCAAAGAGCAAGUAA